UAUCCCACCUCUAAUAAUGUUGUUUUGGUAAACAAGAACGGAUAAAAGAAAACAUGAGCUUUAUACAAUUUGAGAGUGGCAGGGAAAAAGACAAGGCGCGUCAGGAGCUUCGGGAGGCCCGGUCUGAGAUGCUACAGCAGGCCAAGGAUCGGGCGGAGCUCCGUGGCCAGCGGGAACGACAAAGGGAACUGCGCGGCGAAACCGACUGGAUGCUGCCCGCGGUGGCCAAAAAAUUGGAAAAGGCCGCCAAAAAACCAAAAAAGAAGAGUUCCAAGCACAAGUCCAGGUCCAAAUCCAAGUCAUCCAAAAAAAGUAGGAAGCGUCACAGCAGCAGCAGCGACAGCGACAGUUCCUGUUCAAGCUCAUCCUCAUCCACCUCAUCGUCUAGUGAGGAUGAAAAAGAGCGAAAGCGUCGCAAAAAGAAAUCCAAAAAGAGCCGUAAGGAAAAAGCCAGCGAAGAUGAAUGGGUUGAGGCUCCUCCGCCUCCCACAGCGGACAAGGUGACGGAGAAGCAGCCUGCCCAGCGGGACAGUUGGAUGACCAGCGAAGCUCUUCUUCUGAAAACAUUUUCCAGGGAACGCAAAGAACCAGCCAAACCCAACGAGAAGGCACAACAAAUUGAUGCGUACGAUCCAGCUAAAAGUGGGCGUGAGCUGAAUCCAUACUGGAAGAGCAACGGCACGGGUCUGCCCGGCUUUCAAAAACCACAAGACGAUGACGACCGACAGGACAAGCUGCAUACCACUAGCUCCGGUCAGGGAUCUUCGCGCGGAUGGCGAAAACCUGGUGCAAGAGCUCCCAGUCCACCAAGGAGAAGCAGAUCUCGCUCUAGGAGUGUCACUUCUUCUGACGAAGAGGUGGAGGAGCAGCCCAAGUCCACCCCAUCAUACCUCACAGAUGAGCAAAUCAACGACUUGGCUGGUAAGGCUAUUAAAGCAGAACUGAAAGGAAAAAAGGAGCUGGCGGUGGAACUUAAUCAGCAGCUUGAAACAGCACGUAAACAGAGAGCAGAGUUUAUUGCCUCUGGCCAGUCGGCACCAAAGGCAAAUGCCAAACCAGCCAAGUCCAAAGCCUCUGCAGACCACGUGCUGCUCACCAAGGUGGAUAAGAGCGGCAAUGUGCGGCCACUGGUGCAAACCACUGAUCCCAAUGAACUGUACGGCGGACGAAGAGGACAAAAACGCAGUAACAAAAAGGUGGACACCCAUGUAGAUGGCCAACGUGUUAGAUACUUCGCUGAUGACGACCGUUAUGAUAUUAAGCAAAUGUUUGAGCGGGAGAAGCAUGCUACGGCCGCAGAAGCCAACCUGCAGUAUGCCGACAUUGUGUCCAAGCACAAGAAUCCCAAUGAUGAUUUAGAGGAUAUAUUCGCUGACAAGGUGCGUAAGCAAAUCUCUACCGGAGAUGCCGAGAAGAGGGAAAUGCAAAGUGCCAUACGGGAGCAUGAGAAGCUGGCGGCCAGUUUGGAGAACUGUGAACGCUGCUUUGAUUCCGCCAAGUUGGACAAGCAGUUGCUGGUUUCAUUGGGCGAAAAGAUCUACCUCAGUCUGCCAUGGUAUAUGGGUCUUCAAAGCGGCCACUGCAUUCUGACGACCUUGCAGCAUGUGCCUUGCUGCACGCAGCUAGACGAAGAUGCCUGGGAGGAGAUGAGCAACUUCCGCAAGGCCCUCACCCGCAUGUUUGCCGCCCGACGCCAGGAUGUGGUUUUCUACGAGAUUGCCAACAAACUGCAUCGGCGUCCCCAUCUCAGCGUGCACUGCAUUCCCAUUCCCGCUAGUCAGGGUGAGAUGGCUCCCUUCUACUUCAAGAAGGCCAUCGAAGAAUCGGAGCAGGAGUGGUGCAUCAACAAGCAGCUAGUAUCGCUGCGCCAGAAGUCCUUGCGAGCUGCCAUUCCCAAGGGACUGCCCUACGUGUGGGUGCACUUUGGCAUGGACUCGGGAUUUGCGCACGUCAUCGAGGAUGAGGACCGUUUUCCGGCCAACUUUGCACAGGAAAUCCUUGGCGGUAUGUUGGAACUGAAUCCGAAUGCUUGGCGAAAGCCAAGAAAAGAGUCAAACCCUAUAGGAAAGGUUAAAUCCUUUGCCGAAAACUGGAAGAAGUUUGAUUGCACACAAAAUUAAUUGGAGAUCUACAGAUAAUAUACCUUGAGAUGAUUCAAAUUAUAGAAAAAUAUUUUAAAUUAUCGUUGGAUUUCCACAAAUAUAAGCAAGAAAACA